AUGAAUACCAUCAGCCUCAUUGGAACCAGUGUGCUUAUUGGCACCUUGGCAGCACCUGUUCACGCCAUGGCCAUUGAAGAGCGUGGCUCAACCUCUUGCUACCAACGAAUUUCAAAAGAAAAACAGGUUUUGGACGAUGGAGAUGAGCUUGUACAUUCCAGAGGCGAGGAUGAUUGGAGGCACCAGGACUGGUCCCCUCAAGGUUGUUGUACUAGUGAUGAUGUCUCAAAUGAUGGUUGUUGUGGUAGUGGUUGCAACAUUAUGUGA